AUGGAUAAGAAGAUAGUGCGCAAAGCCGCUGUGGGUCGUCGGGGCGCGUCUGGAGCUGGCGCUGGACGCGGCAGCAUGCGGGCCGCCAGCCGAGCUCGAGGAGCUGCACGGUCACCUAGCAGCCCUCCGCAUCUAUCAUCCCCACCAGAAGGCUUGGUGUCAGCUGGGUCUUCUCGGACUCAGCAAGCGGCACCUGACGCUGGUGGAGCACGUCGCAUGCGUUGGUCACAAGCAAUGAAUACAAACGCACUGCGGGCGUACUUUAGGGCGAAAGGGGAAGAAACUGGAUGUUUGGCGUACCGGGCUAGGAUGCAUCGUCUUUUUGCUGAGCUGGAGCCAUCUUUAACCGUCACAGAGCAAAACCUGGCAGACCGAGUUCGGUAUAUCUUGCGCUCAAAUAUAUUUGAUGUCGCCGAACUCGAACGGCUACGACGUGAGGCUGUUCCCUCAUCGGAUGAAAAUGCUACGGCUGAGGAUGCAGCGCCACAAAUGAUAGAGCAACCCGUAAAAUUUGGAUGCCGCCGUGAAUACCCCAGUUGUGGUUGA